AUCUUGUCUUCGGUCGAGUAUUCUUGCCAUUGAUUGAAAGCACUACUUCAGUAGCGACCAAGAAUUCCCAUUGUAUCUUCGGUGUCAACAACGUCCGAGAAACCCAGGUCGACCAUACCGAUCAGCGACAGAUGUCCGCGGCGACAAAAGAUGCUUUGGCCGAUAGGAGGCCACAGAUGCCCGAAAAAUACACCUGGCUUCGUCAAGCUACUUCCAUCGCGGAAAGAUGUUUUGUCAGUCUGUGUGUCCCCACCUCCGACAUUGACGAUGCGCGUUCCAGACUGGCUGAGGGCGCCCGGGAGGGUUCAGUCAUCGAUGUCGUUCUCAAGCGCGUUGUUGCAAUAAAGAUCCCUGGAGAAGACUCUACCUGGUCUGACAUGCAUUUCGAAGUACGCAUUCUUCAAGAGAUACGCCGCCAGGCAUAUCCUCGCAGCGGCGGCGAGCACUGCAUAGAUGUAUUAGACCACUACGAUAUGGAAGCCAUGGCCCAAGUGGAACCAGGGUGGCUAGUCAUGGCAAGCUCAUCAGUAUGCAGUGACCUUCAAGGAGUCUUCGCAUACGAUGUUAGGGAUCCCAUUUCAAAAGCCCUGCUCUGGCUCGCGAUUACGCAGCUCUAUGAGGCACUCUAUUUCCUACACCGCGAUUGCAAACCGCCUAUUACACAUGGCGAUAUCUCAGAGGAAGCCAUACUUGUCAGCUUUCAAUACGAAGAAGGGAAGAACGGCGAGAGCGCCAUUGCCAAACGCCCGAAAAUCAGUCUUAUAGGGUUUGCAGAGAGCGAGAUCCAUGAUCCUACUGACUCUCCAGAUGGACUUGGACGCAAGAAUCGGGCAGAGGAAGAAGAUGUCGAAUCUCUGGCCUCUGCGAUUCACAGUCUCAUUAACAGGUGCUACGAGGAUGAAGAGUGGACCAGCGAAGGAAGAGGGAAGGCGAUAACGCGCCUGCAAAGGACCUUUUGGAAAGAUGAUACCCCAGAAGAGGUGAAGAGGUUUGUGGCGGCGGUGGGUGCACGAGAUUCGGAGAGCUUAUGGGCUGAUAUUGGGAAUUUCGCCAAAGAGCAGUUGGAUAAGGUUAGUAAUGAGGAGUGGGAGGAGCUGAGGGACUUGAUUAUUGCGGUCACUGAAGCGGAAGGAAAGUUAAGGGAUAUAGUGAAGGACCUUCUGAAGGGUCAGGUCGCGAAAACACAAGCGUUCAGCCUAUCGUCAUGGUCAUGUGGAGAUAUGUAUGAGUCUUGAUGACUAGCUCAUGAACACUCGUUACUGGUUUUGCUUCCUGCAUUGGUGUGCUCAUUGUGUGCUUGAGCUCCUACAUGUCCCAUCAUAAUCACUCAAGACAUGUAAACGUAC